GCUAGCCUGUAGAGUUUAUUUGUAAACUGAUAACAGAGGAAAAGCCGCUCUCUUUCUCUCUCCCUCCUUCGUUCUCUUCCACUCUCUUCUCUUAUAUCCUCCAUAGCUUUCUCUCUCUCUGAUCCGAAGAAGCUCACCAUUGUUUGGUUCCUUCCGCAAAAACCUUCAGAAUCCUGUUUUGUAACAGAGACUGUUGACUUUAGAGGUUAGAUCUCUCGAGAGAGGAAAAAAAUGAAUCACGUACCAUCUGAUCAGAGCUUUUACAUUGAGAGCGAGGAAGAAGACGAUAGAAAAGAUUACGAAGAAGAAGAAGAUGAUGAUCAAAGCCAUUCUUAUUCCUCCGAUGCUAAUGAUGAUAAUCAGACGCAGACUAAGCCAAGCUCAUACACUACAGCUUGGCCACAGAGUUACAGGCAGUCGAUUGAUCUUUACAGUAGUGUACCGUCUCCCAACAUCGGUUUUCUUGGGAAUAACUCGGUGACGAGAUUUGGAAGCUCUUUCUUGUCUUCUUCGUUGAUAAGAAGACAUACUCCUGAAUCGUUACCCGCUGUUACAAAGCCUCUGCUCGAAGCAGAUGAACAAGCACUACCGCCACCACCAAAACACAGACUUAGCUCUCAUGGCUUGCUCUCUCCUGCUCCUUCGAGGAGAGGUUCUAUGCGGAAGGACGAGAAAGUAUCCAUGGUCUCUCACGAGAUUCCUAUGUCACGCAACAGCUCAUACGGACAAGCUGUUCUAAAUGGAUUGAACGUUCUGUGUGGAGUUGGAAUACUUUCAACGCCCUAUGCUGCCAAAGAAGGAGGAUGGCUGGGACUAAUGAUACUGUUUAUAUAUGGUUUGCUUUCUUUCUACACUGGAAUACUCCUACGUUACUGCCUCGACAGUGAGUCUGACCUUGAGACCUAUCCUGAUAUUGGCCAAGCCGCGUUUGGUACCACUGGGCGUAUCUUUGUCUCGAUAGUACUCUACUUGGAGCUAUACGCGUGCUGUGUUGAAUAUAUAAUAUUGGAGAGUGAUAAUCUCUCUUCAUUAUUUCCAAAUGCUGCCUUCGGUAUUGGAGGAUUUGAGUUAGAUGCACGCCAUCUAUUUGCAAUACUAACCACUCUCGCUGUUCUCCCCACCGUCUGGCUCAGAGAUCUCAGUGUACUGAGUUAUAUCUCAGCUGGAGGGGUGAUUGCAUCGGUGCUAGUGGUUUUGUGUUUGUUUUGGAUUGGUUUGGUAGAUGAAGUUGGAAUCCACAGCAAAGGAACUACACUAAACUUGUCAACUUUACCUGUAGCUAUAGGGCUAUAUGGUUACUGCUACUCAGGACAUGCUGUUUUCCCCAAUAUUUAUACUUCUAUGGCAAAACCAACUCAAUACCCUGCUGUUCUCUUGACAUGCUUUGGUAUUUGUACUCUGAUGUAUGCCGGUGUAGCUGUUAUGGGCUAUACGAUGUUUGGAGAAGCAACAGAAUCACAGUUUACUCUCAACUUGCCCCAAGAUUUGGUUGCAACUAAGAUUGCUGUGUGGACUACUGUGGUGAAUCCAUUUACCAAAUAUGCUUUGACCAUAUCUCCAGUAGCACUGAGUCUUGAGGAAUUGAUACCAGAAAGACAUAACAAGUCACAUUGGUACGCCAUUGCCAUUAGAACCGCGUUGGUCUUCUCUACUCUGCUUGUCGGUCUUUCAAUUCCCUUCUUUGGUCUUGUCAUGUCAUUGAUUGGAUCAUUGUUGACAAUGCUCGUCACGCUAAUACUUCCCCCAGUUUGUUUCCUGAGCAUCGUACGGGGAAAAGUGACCUCGACACAGAUGCUGCUGUGUGUUUUAAUCAUCGUGGUAGGAGCAAUAUCUUCCGUAAUUGGCUCAUAUUCAGCUCUCUCCAAGAUCAUUCAGAAACUGAGCAGUUGAACAUGAAUAUAUUUUUCUUUUUAUACAAAUCUUAUACCCAUUUUGUUAUCAUAGAGCAAACUCAUUCUUGCAUUCACGGUUUUUUUAUUGUAAUAUUUUGAGUGAUGAUGAUCUGCAUCUUUAAGACUGGUUUGAAACAAAUCCAUUAAUGAUGUUUUUGAUUAAUAAAGA